AUGACAAAGAUAAUUAGCGCUUGUGGUCGAGAGGUUUUAGACUCCCGAGGUAAUCCUACCGUGGAAUGCGAAGUAACCACCGAAGGUGGUAAAUUCCGUGCUAUAGUACCAUCCGGAGCUUCUACUGGCAUAUAUGAGGCACUUGAACUCAGGGAUGGAGACAAAACUCGAUAUUUGGGGAAGGGCGUGCAAAAUGCAAUUAAAAAUAUGCACAAUAUCAUAUGCCCAGGCAUCCAGGGUUUCUUGUGCACAGAACAGGAAAAAUUGGAUAAUCACAUGGUAAAAGUUUUGGAUGGGACACAAAAUGAAUGGGGAUUCUCAAAAUCUAAACUGGGCGCUAAUACUAUUUUGGCAGUGUCUAUGGGUGCCGCGAGAGCCGGGGCUGCCGCUAAAGGAAUUCCAUUGUAUGAACAUUUGGCCCAAUUAUCCGGUAAACCUACUGACAAGUUUAUCAUGCCUGUACCAUGCCUUAAUGUUAUCAACGGCGGUUCACAUGCUGGAAAUGCCCUGGCCUUCCAGGAAUUUAUGAUAUUACCAACGGUUGCCGAUAAUUUCUCCAAUGCAUUGAGAAUGGGCGUUGAAGUAUAUCACACGCUUAAGAAGGUUAUAAAUAAGAAGUAUGGCCAAGAUGCCACCAAUGUUGGUGAUGAAGGCGGCUUUGCUCCAAACAUAUCCACUCCACAGGAAGCCCUUGAUUUGCUAGUAGAAGCCAUUGCCGCAGCCGGUUAUACUGGCAAAAUUAAAAUUGCCAUGGAUGUUGCAGCAUCUGAGUUUUAUCAGAAAGAUGUCAAGAUGUACAAUUUGACUUUCAAGUCUAGCUCCCCUGACAUUAAGACUAGUGAUCAGCUUGUUGAAUUAUAUAAGGAAUUGGUUAACAAGUACCCAAUUGUAUCAAUUGAAGAUCCCUUUGAUCAGGACGAUUGGGAGGCAUAUGCCAAACUAACCGCUGCGAUUGGUGACAAAAUUCAGAUUGUGGGUGAUGAUUUACUAGUGACAAAUCCAAAGAGAAUUGAAGCAGCAAUUCAGAAGAAAGCUUGCAACGCAUUGUUGCUGAAGGUUAACCAGAUUGGAUCUGUUACUGAAUCCAUUCAGGCUUGCAAAAUAUCACAGGAAAAUGGCUGGGGAGUUAUGGUGUCACACAGAUCAGGUGAAACAGAAGACGUUUUCAUCUCAGACCUCGUCGUAGCUCUAGGCACUGGCCAGAUCAAGACUGGAGCCCCGUGCAGAAGUGAGAGGAACGCCAAAUAUAACCAGCUGCUGAGGAUUGAACAGGAAUUAGGUGAGAGAGCGACUUAUAGCAAAGUUUUUAACAAGUAA